AUGGAAGAUGAAGAAUUUAUAAAUCCAAAUUUUAUUGUUACAUAAAAAAUUAAUUAAAUUGGUAAAGUUUUAAAUGAAUUAAAGGAAAAAUAGUCAGACUUAUUGAUCAAUAAUUUAACUAAUUCGCAAAAUGCUUCUGACUAUGUCAAAUUAGAACUUAUAAAGCAGCAAGCUGAUUAAGAUGUCAGAAACUUUUCUCAAUAAAUAUAAAUUAUACAAGAAGAAAAUAAAGAUAGAGUUUUGUUUAUUAGAAAGCCUAUUUCAUCCUUUAAUUAUUAGCCAGAAAAUGAGAAAAAAUAUAAGCAACCAACAAUUCAAUGUUAGGUGUAAAAAUUAGAAAAUACUUAUAAAGAUUUGUACUUUGGUUCUGAUCUAAUUUCCGAAUGCCUUAAAGAAGAGCAAGAAUCACUACCUCUUACUAAACGUAGAUCAAAUGGAAGUGUCUUAAUUCAAAAGGAUGCUAAUUCUUAUGAAUAUGUAUACACAAAUUAUUAAACUAAUUGCUUAUAAGGAGUUUAGUUUAAUUUGAAUAGAAACUUGCUUAGUAAUCACUACAGUAUUGAUAUUACAAAUUAAAUAGAGUAUAAUCCUUUAAAGAAAUCUUCAGCAAUUCUAGGUUUAAAUAAGAUUUUAAUAGAUGAAAAUGAAUAUUUACAAGUAAGAUCAAUCUAUAAUUUACACUUUCUUAAAAUGAAUGAUAAAAAGAAAUUAAGUUUUAAAGGAGUAGAGUCCAAUUUCUUUUAGGACUUUGAUGGAAAUAGUAAAGAAUUGCUUGACUCAGCUUAAAGCACAUUUUUCGAAGAAGAACUUUAUGUGUUAGCAGAAGGAAAUUCCUUAUUUAAAACAACUGAUUUAGGAAAAACUAAUUAACAUUUUCAUUUGAAAAAUUUGAAAUCUAAUAUUGAAUCAAUCGACACAUCCUAUCAUCCAAGCAUUUUAUAUUUAUAAAUGACUGAUUGUAUUGGAUAGUUUGAUUUUCGCUAAAAUAACCCUCGAAUUAUUCAUUAAGUUCCUACUAAAAAAGUACCUUUACACAGAAUUUAUGCUUUAAAAAACUUAGAAGAAAAUUAUUUCAUGGUUAGCACAACAUAACAUUUUAAAAUAUAUGACAUUAGAUGCACAAAUUAUCCAGUAUUUUCAGUAAUGCAUGGAUCAGAUGAAUGCCCUCCAACAAUUAUAAAUAUAUAUCCUAAUAAGAAUGAUAAUUUAGAAGAUAAUAGUGAAGAGGAUGAUGCCGUUGAAACUCUGCUAAUGUAAGAUGGUUCAAUGAGACUCUCAAAAUAAAGAGGAACUGAAAAGAUUAUUGUUAGUUACUCUCCAUAUAAAAAAAGUGAUAUUACUUACAUGAGAUGGAAUAAAGGAAGUACAUUACUGGAAAGUCUUUAUGAAAAGAAAAGCUAGGCAUAUGACUAAUAAAAUCUUUACACUCCUAAAAAUUCUCAAAAAAGAGAUUUAUAAAAAAAUAAUUAUUUCAAAGACGAAAAAUCAUAAUAUUCUGAUGAUAAUAAUAAAUACAUGUUUAGCUAAAGUAAAGGUAGCGAUUUUAACUUCUAAUACUUAAGCUAAAAAGAAAGAAAAGGGUAUGACAACUCUUACUCAAAUAAUGAUGAAAGUUUAGGAAGUUAUAAAGAAAGCAGUGGUAUUAAUAUAAAAGAUAAUAACAAUGACAGCAUCAGUGAAGAGGGAAAUAAGAAUCUCUAAAAGCAUCACAUUUUAGGAAGAGAAAAUAAAGGAGAAAGAUUAUGCUUUAGCUAAGAAGUUAAGAAUCUCUUUUAGCCAAAAAGUAUUUUGGCUAGCUCUUAAAUAUCAGAUACAUUAAAGAUUAGAGGAGUGAGUAUUGCAUUUUUUGAUGACCAAGAAAAAUUUAUUUGUAUAUAAAACGACUCAAAAGGAGGUGUUUAAACAUAAAUUUUUUCUAAAAGGAGCGAUGAUAGCCCACUAACAAGUACCUUUGUCCCAAUAAAAGCUAAGAGUUCAUAGACAAGCUCUUUAGUUGAUAUUAGCAAAAGUGACCCACAACUUAAUUCAAUUUCUGAUUUAUAAGUCAUGAAAUUAUUUGAAUUACCUGAUAUUUCUGAUAAUUAUUCUACUAAAGGCGAUCUUAUUACAGAGCCAGUAAGAUUAAGCAAAUAAAAAAAAAAGUAAGUUAAUAUGUAUCCAUAUUUUAACUUCCUUUAGGAUUAAGUUAAAACAAUUAAAGAAUAAAAUGUUGAAGAAAUAAAUAGGUUUAUUAAUAUUCAAAAAGAAAAAAAGUAAAAGUUUUAAUAAUAACAAUCUGCAAAAUCUGGUAUUGAAACUUUGGUAAACUCUUAGCUUAGUGCUAUAAAUGUGGCAGAAACUGUAUCAAAUGAUCAAAUAAAAGAAACAAUAAUGGAAUAAAAUAAUCUUUUAAGUGUGUAUCACGACAAAUAUUCUUACCCUGAAUUUCGUAAAAACAUGAAAUAUAACACCAAAAAUGUUAUUACUAAUAAAAUAAUUGAAGUAUUGGGAGAUUAUUGGGAUUGA